CCCCUGGUGGUGGAUCACAGGUUUAGCGCCACACUGCUAAUGCGCAUGCGUAGAAACGCCCCGCCCACAUGGUUCCGGUUGAACUUGGUAGUGGACGCGAGAAGGUGCAGGAUAAAAGUGGUGCAGGCCUCUGAAGACAAAAUGGUGUUGCACCCAGUCAUAUCCAAGCUGCGUGGCAAACUCGUUGUUCUGGCCAGUGCAUCUCCGAGGCGACAGGAGAUUUUGACCAAUGCAGGUUUGCGGUUUGAAGUGGUGCCCUCUUGGUUUAAAGAGACUUUGGACAAGGCCUUGUUUAAAAUGCCCUAUGAAUACGCAGUGGAGACUGCAAAGCAAAAGGCCCUGGAAGUGGCUCAGAGAAUGCCACGUAACCACCUGAAAAAACCAGAUAUAGUGAUUGGGGCAGACACUGUGGUGACAGUGGAUGGAUUAAUUCUGGAGAAGCCUGUGGAUAAGCAAGAUGCCUACUGCAUGCUGUCUAGAUUGAGUGGAAAAGAGCAUAGCGUAUUUACAGGAGUGGUCAUAGUCCUCUGUCAUGAAAGAGAGGGCGGAAAAACAGAGCGCACAGUGGUGGGCUUUUAUGAGGAGACAAAGGUGAAGUUUGCAGAGCUGUCUGAGGAGAUGCUUUGGGAAUACAUUAACAGUGGAGAGCCAAUGGACAAGGCUGGUGGUUAUGGGAUCCAGGCUUUGGGUGGCAUGCUGGUGGAAUAUGUGCAAGGAGAUUUUCUUAAUGUGGUGGGCUUCCCACUAAAUCACUUCUGCAAACAGCUGGGAAAGAUUUACAACAGCUCACCCGAGAGCCCCGCUUAUAAGAUAAAGCACAAGGACUCAGCAAGGUGUAAUGGGCCGUGCACUGCUGUCAGCUCCCUGUCUGAAAAAACUGUACCACCAGACCUGAGCAGCUUCAACAACUCUGACCCGGUGCACAAUGUGGUGGGACCUGAGGCUACCAAGAGCGACACUGAGGGCUUCCCCCACAGCAUAGUGGAACUACUAGAUGGCUUUAAAGCUUCAAAGACUUUGUUCACAGCAUCCAAGCUGGGUGUGUUUGACGUUCUGAGUGACUCUGGCCUUACAGUGGAGGAAGUAGCCAAUCGAAUCAAUGCCUCAGUGCUGGGUACUGAAAAGUUACUGGAUGCUGCUGUAUCCUUAGGGCUACUACAUAAGCUCAAAUGUGAAGAUAAGCCUGUGUAUAGGAACACGGAGCAGGCCAGACAGUUCCUGGUAUCAGACAGCCCCCUGUCUCUACAUGCAUACAUCCUGCACUGCAACGACAUGAUCUGGCCGCUCUUCACACACCUAGAGAGCGCUGUCAGGGAGGGCACAAAUCAGCACGAGAGGGCUUUUGGGAAGAAGUCUGAAAAUGUGUUUCAGGUAGAUGAUGAUAUUGAGGAUGUCUAUUUCAAAAAAGAUGAAGUGACGUUGCGCUUUAUGAAUGCCAUGCACAGCAUCGCUAAGGUGACCGGAAGAGAUGUGGCCACAGCAUUCGAUCUGUCUCACUUCAGAACAGCCUGCGAUGUUGGAGGCUGUACUGGUGCCAUGGCAUAUGAGUUCACCAAAGCCCAUCCUGAGCUGUCUGUAAUUGUUUUUGACUUGCCAGCAGUUAUUGAAAUGAAAAGUCACUUCCAAUCUAAAGAACAGGAUGGCAGAGUGUCAUUUGUUGCAGGAGAUUUCUUCAAAGAUGACCUACCCAAAGCAGACCUCUAUAUCCUCGCACGAAUUCUCCAUGAUUGGUCUGAUGAGAAAGUACAUGAGCUGUUGAGUAAAUUGUCCAAGUCAUGCACACCGGGCUGUGGUUUGCUGCUCUCAGAGAUUCUGCUGGAUGAGGAGAGGACCAGGCCGAGUCGAGCCCUGCUGCAGGCUCUCAGCAUGACUGAAGGGAGGCAGAGGAGCGCCGCUGAGUACAGUAACUUACUGAAGAAGCAUGGCUUCAGUCCUGUACAUACCCGCUACACAAACAAUCUACUAGAUGCCAUGCUUUUUGUGAAAGAUGAGCAAACUUAGCCAGUUUGUUCCUCUGUGGUUGCUUGAAAAGCUUAAAAUGUACAAAACACUAAGGAUUUUUAUGCUAUAUGGCAACUUUUAACUGUCCAGGACUUUAAUUGUCAGUGAAAUGUUUCAGGCUGUCUCCUGUACAUCUGUAAAUAAUUAUUAUUAAUUUCUAAAAGCUAUCGAGAUGUAUUUCAUCUUAGCCAAUAAUAUAAUAAAUGUGACUUGUACAAAA